AUGGACGCUUUGGCAGUCAUGAUGCAGGAUCUGCUAACCCAGAACCAUGCUCUGCGCAGGGAAAACAACGAGCUCAUGGACCAGGUCCGGCGCCUGCUGUGCGAGAAAGCCAACCUGCUGGCCCAGGUGCGUCCRCCCACCUGCCCGGUGGUUUUUCCCGAGACGUUUAACGGCGACCCCGCUCGGCUCCCCGAUUUUCUGAUCCAAGCAGCAUCUUACGUGAACUUCUUCGAGACCAGAUWUUCGAAUGACACCCUAAAGGUGGCAUUUGUAAUCAGCCGCCUCUCUGGGCCGGCGGAGGAGUGGGUGGUCCCCUACAUCGAGAGGGAGAGCCCCAUCCUGGGUCAGUAUGAGCGCUUCGUGGACGCGCUGAAGCGGGCCUUUGGUCGCAAUGGGUAG